AUGAUGAAUCGAGCAGUUUUUAAACUGCUUUCUUCUUCUUCUCGUAUUAUACCGAGAAUUUAUGCAUCUUCAACGACUCCAACAACAGGUCACCAUGGUUCAGGAAACGUCCAUCAUCAAGACGAUCAUGGCCAUGGUCAUGGUCAUGGUCAUCAUGAACCAGAAUUGAGAAAAACACAAGAAUGGCGUCACCAUUCAGGAAUUCAAUCGAAAUAUGAAAAUCAAGCGGAAGAUCCGAGUGUAGCUUUCACGCAAGAACGAGCAAAUCAUCAUGAUUAUCGUCCUUCUUUCGGGCAAGUUGUUCUCAAUGUACCAUAUCGCACACAAGCACAUCUUUAUGAAAUGUGGCUUUAUCAUGCUGCUUUAGUAUUUUCUAUUUGGCUUUGGUGGUAUGUUUCAUGGCGUUUUUUGAAAGAGCCAAGUUGGUUUUUUGGCCAUGCUCAUUUUCCUGAUAUGUCGAAAUUCACUGAUGCAGAAUUGGGUAUUCCACCCGAUGAAAUGGAUUAA